CAGGUAGGACGCCAGGCGGUCGUUGAGGUUCUGCAUGGUCAGCUUCUCAUUGGUGAUCACGGAAGUCUCCCCGUAAGAGGGCAUGGUCCCGGAGGAGAAGACUGACUGGGACACACGGGUCCCGUAGCCCCCCGCGCCCCCGUACAUGCUGGGUGCGCGGUUCUGGAAGGAGCCGGAGGAGAAGAGGGUCUGUCCGGAUCCCACCAGCUGCCUACCCCCGCUCAUGCUCACGGCGCUGGACCUGGAGAUGCUGCGGGUGCUGUAGCUGCUCUGGCGGCUGAGAGAGACAGACAUGGUGAGAGGUGGAGGUGGAGUUGGAGGUGAAGGCUGGAGAUGAAGGUGAAGAUGAAGAUGAGGUGAAAGUGGAGGCUGGAGAUGAGCUGAGUUGAGCUGAAGAGUUGAGGAUGACUGUCUCUGCAGGAGAAGCGGGCAUUUAUAUCAGUCUGCUGCAGGUAGACUGAGUCUGUCCAAAGCCACAAAAAUGUCUGACAUGUCAGGAAAAGUCAUCUUGGUGUUUGCACUGUUUGUUGCACUGCUUGUGUCUGGUGGAGCCUCCUCACCUGCUCAAGCCAAAGACACAAAUGGGCUCCAGCAGCUUCUUGCCAAGAGGGGGACAGCGAGCGACUUGGCUGGCAGGCAGGAGCUGGUGCACAGGACUCACCUUGCACGAACGCAGAGACGGGCUCACCUAUCUGAGGAUGAACGGGAGAUUAUGACCAAACAAAUCAUGCAAGCUAUCUCAGAGAUGAUGAACUCUGACUGCAUGUUGGAUCGUGACUACCAGGGUUGGGUGGACUUUGGACGCCGGGACGCAGAGUGAGACGCAACAGGAUUAACAACUCCCUGAGAGCUCAGACUUCCUGCUUCUUGUUCAGAUUUUGUAUGAGGUUAAUGUUCUACUUUUCUUGAAACUUUAUAAAUAAAACCUUAUUUGCAGACUUA